UCAUUCGGUUCUAGUGCGCAAUGGAAAUAUUCCUAAGACUAAUCGUGAUCUUAGUAAAGGCGAUCGCCUUGAUCAUCUCCCCGCUUCUGGACAAAUUUGUUUAUCCUCAAAAAUCCAAAAGGACUCUAAUUCCACCAGUAAGGAACCGCCUGCUCACCCUCAGCGUUCAGGAACUGCGCACUCGCCUUCGAACCCGCCAGUUGACUUCGGUGGAAUUGGUGCGCACUUAUAUCGAACGUAUCGAGGCAGUUAAUAAACAUUUAAAUGCGCUGGUGGAAUCUCGAUUUACGGCUGCUCUGGAGGAAGCCACCGAAACGGAUGACCUCAUAGCCAGUUGCCAAACUGCAGCGGAUGUGGAGAAGCUAUUCGAAGAGCGCCCAUUACUGGGGCUUCCGGUGACCAUAAAGGAGUCGUGUGCCCUGGAGGGCAUGACCUUUGCUGUGGGCAGUCUGUGCAGGAAGAAUAUUAAAGCCCAAGCUGAUGGGGAGGCAGUGAAGCGAUUGAAAGACGCUGGAGCUAUUCCUCUCCUGGUUUCGGCCACUCCCGAAUAUUGCUUCAGCAUGGAGACGGAUACUUUGCUAAAUGGACGGUGUCUGAAUCCCUAUGAUUUCGAGAGGACUCCGGGCGGAAGUUCUGGAGGAGAGGGUUCUUUAAUUGGAGCUGGCGCUUCUCUAUUCGGCAUUGGCUCAGAUAUUGGCGGUUCCAUUCGCAUUCCCAGCUUGUAUUGCGGCAUCUUCGGGCACAAACCAAGCGGAGGCGUAGUGUCCGUAAAGGGACACUUUCCCAAUUCAAAAGAUCCAAGUAUAGAACACUAUUUGGUAGAGGGACCCAUGACUCGAUUCGCUGGGGAUCUUUCCGAUUUACUGCAAGUGAUGGCGGGCAAAGAGAAUUCAGCCAAAUUGCGAUUAAACGAACCCGUCCAACUGAAUCAGAUCAAAGUGCAGUAUGCGCUGGGUUUCGAAGGAAUCAAUGGCUGGAUGCAUACGUCUGUGGAUAAGGACAUAAAGGAAGCAAUUUGCAGAGCGUCAACCCAUUUAAAAUCGCUCGGCUUAGAGGUUACUAAGGCCAAAUUACCCAACCUCGAGAACUCAAUGGAGAUGGCUUUAUCCGGAAUCGCAGGACAAGAUUUAAUGGACUAUCUGCUGGAGGAUGACGAUGCAGCGGGAUCGAAUAAAGUGCUUCAGACUCUCUGGGAGAUGGUCAAGAGUCUAGGAGGUCACUCGAAAUAUACGACCAACUCGCUGAUCUUUGAACUUAUGCGUCGCACUGGCGCCUUUAUGCCGCAAUCAAAGAUGAAUCUUUACAUGGAGGAAACGCGCGGUCUGAUCGGGGAGUUUGCGAAUUUACUUGGAGAUAAUGGAGUGCUGCUUUUCCCGACCUUGAACUUACAUGCUCCGCGGCACAAGUGGUCAGUCUUUUCACUGUGGGGCGUCGAUUUCACCCUGAUGUUUAACGUACUUGGUCUGCCCGUCACCCAUGUUCCGAUGGGUCUGAACGAUCGUGGUCUUCCUGUUGGACUAUCUGUGAUUGGAGCGCCAAAUCAGGACCGAUUGUGCCUCCGAGUGGCCGUGGAGUUGGAGCGAGCCUUCGGCGGAUGGAAGCCACCUGUUCCUCACGACUUUGACGACUAAUCAUAGCUACAUAACAAUUUGUUGACCUUAUAAUUU